CCCUCCUCCCCCCCCCCCCCUCUCUCUCACUCACUCUUCUCCCCUUCCUUGCCCUCUUUGAAGCUUUCAAAUCCCAGCUCACCUUGCACCACUAUCAAUCUCUUUCCCACCAGUCUCACCCGAUCCUUAUCAACAAUGAGUUUCCAAGCUGGAGGUCGUGGAUGCUUCAACUGCGGUGAUGCUUCGCACCAGGCCCGUGACUGUCCCAAGAAGGGCACCCCUACCUGUUAUAACUGUGGCGGUCAGGGACACGUCACCCCCAAGGAGAAGUCCUGCUACCGCUGUGGUGCUACCGGUCAUAUCUCUCGUGAAUGCCAGGCAAGCCCGGCCGAGGGCUACGGUGCCGCUGCUGGCGGUCAGGAAUGCUACAAGUGCGGUCGGGUUGGCCACAUCGCGAGAAACUGCCCCCAAAGUGGCAGCUAUGGAGGUGGAUUUGGUGGCCGUCAACAGACAUGCUACUCUUGCGGCGGCUUCGGCCAUAUGGCUCGCGACUGCACCAACGGCCAGAAGUGCUACAACUGUGGAGAAGUUGGACAUGUCUCCCGCGACUGCCCUACCGAAGCCAAGGGUGAACGGGUGUGCUACAACUGCAAGCAACCUGGGCAUGUCCAAGCCGCGUGCCCUAACUAAUCACUCAAUCCUCCUUCUGCAUCGUUUGUCUUCUGUCGCGCUAGCUCAUGCAGGACUGAAAUACGGGAUCGUUUUUGAUCGCGCUCUUCGUGCCGAUCCGCAAUGCGUCGCCCCCGUUUUUGCCUAAAUUUAAUGCUCGACUUGGCUUACGAGCCUGUCUCUGACUUGCCCCAACGGUUGACAAGAUAUCCAAGAUGAUACAAAUGCCGUGAAAUCGAAUGGAUGACUUAAUGUCUUCCAAAUACGAACGGGAAAAUCAGUUUGCAAGACUGACAAAUGGUGACCUGGGUUGCGGACGGGCAAAUAUGUGAAUCAUCUCGUGUAACACAGAAGAAGCUUGUCCAUAAGAAAGCAAUUUCGAUUCCACAGUUUUGCCA